CACGAGGAGGCUGGCAAGCCUUGGAGGCACGAGCCGUAGGAACUGAGCGGUUUGCUACAGAGCCUGAGCCUGACGAAGCGGGGAAAAACAAGCAAACAACCGAAACGCCAGAUUUGCAGCCUGCCCGGAAAAAUUCUGACGAUAUGAGCGACAUGGACAUCCCACCAGAAACAGAAUGUCAUGACGAACCGGUGUCUUCGUCAUGGUCCUCGCGAGCUGCUGCUGCAUCUCAGUUGCCUGAUGGACCAAAGCCACCACCCGACGCGCACUACGGAUUUAUGGGCAUGGCGAUGACAGGCGCAGGCCUGCAAAAUACCGCGUCGACGUCCUCCUCAGGGUCGCAGUUGCUCCGAGAGGCUGUUGUUCUACCACAAGUGGCGUCGGGAGCUUCCAAAGCACAGCAAGCCGAUGAUGGCGGAGGGACGACACACAGUCCUUUGGAAGCGGACGGUGGGAGGAUUCUGACCGAUUUUGAGUUGCACCGGCUCACUGCCGCGAAACGACACAAACGAAUAUUUGACGAGAACAAGGGAUCUAAUUCUGUGUCUGGAUCAAAAGCUCCAGUUCGACCACCUAAGCAAGAAAACUUCUACAACACGUAUUCGAACCCUGGUUUUGCUUUUACCGACAAUCAAACCUCCUGAAAGGGGCAGCGACAAACCCGCACACCAAUAUGAGCUACUUCCUCCAAAGCCCGUCUGCGUGACUUAUUCUCAACUGUAACUAUUCCUGUUCAGGUCUCCGCUUGGCGACAUGCAAGAAGCACGCGAAGGUGAGACAGCAGGAGGCGCCGCCAGCACUACAGCAGGACACCAGCAAACCGGCCACGGUGCGGGCACUGUGGAAGCACAUCGGGAGCACGAAGAAGUCGCGGGGGCCUUCAACGGCUCCGAUGGGUUGGUCGAAGCACUACGUAGAGAAGGUCGUCGCGAAGCAGCAGCCGUGCUCGACCUUCAACGCCUCGGAGUUCGUCGGCCGUGUCUCAGACUCGAGUGUUGCGGCGCUAGAUGCGCCGA